AAAAAUUGUGCGUAUGUGCUUUAGAUAUGGUAGUUGAUGCAGACGCGUGUUUUGUCAAGUAUUUAUGUGCACUGCAGGGCUUUGUAGAAUACCGCACUGCCACGACUGCUUAUUCUGCGUAGUGAGUGGACGAAAGUGACUGAAUAUAAACUCACAGUAAAAGGACCUCAAAAGUUGCUUGUGUCUCAUGUGAUCAGCGACAGCGAGACAGAUGACAUCACCAGAGAUCGCAUCCCUGUCAUGGGGUCACAUGAAAGUGAGAGGAUGUUCAGCCUCCUACAAAGACUGCAAAGUGUGGCCCGGAGGGAGUCGUGCUUGGGACUGGAGAGAAACCGGCACUGAGCAUCACCCUGGUGUUCAGCCUGCUGACUUGGAAGAGGUAUUGAAGAAAGGUGUGGAGACCUUGGUGAUUGGGCGUGGGAUGAGUGAGGCCUUACAGGUUCCUUCAGCUACGCUGGAUUACAUAAAGAAGCAAGGAGUGGAGGCGAAGGUGCUCCAGACAGAGAAGGCGGUGAGAGAGUACAACACACUGGCUGCCCAAGGAAAUAAAGUUGGAGGGGUCUUUCACUCAACUUGUUGAGGCAGCUGGCCACAUGUCGACCACAUUCUUGACAGUGAAAACAGCCUGAAACCAACUAUCGGCAAAUUGUAUAACUCAAAUAUAUCUGAUACAGCAAGCACAAAAUGCCAAAUGUUGCAGAAAGUUAAGUAGUCAGAAAGAUCUGGUCUAGAAGCAGUUCACGGAAAUAAAAACCUUGUUCUACCUUC